UCCUGAAGACAUCGAGGCGACAGCAGGGAAAAAAACAGCUGGAUCAGCUAGCGGCUCCGCUGGCUCCUCCAGCCCCUACACCGGCUCAUUCCUCCGGGUUCCCACCCUGACUUCGAUACGCUGGUUCUGAUUCUGAUGAUGAGGUGGAAACAUGGAGGCUCCUGAAUACCUGGACCUGGAUGAGAUCGACUUCUCCGAUGACUCAGUGUAUUCUGUCACAUCACUGAAGAACAUCCCAGAACUGUCCAGAAGGAGCGAUGGCCCGGCAGAGGACAGACCAGCUCCGGCCAUCAACUGGAGCCGCGGCGUUCCCUCCCACAGCGGCGGGGGGAUCAAACCCACGGGCCUGGCCGAGGUCCACAGCAAGUUCCGACCGGUGAAGAGGGUCUCCCCCCUGAAGCACCAGCCAGAAACCACAGAGUCGGACUCGGACGGGAAGAACCAGAACCAGGGUCCGGUUCUGGAGCAGAGCGAGGUCGGUAAGGAUGAGUCCAGCUCUGAGAAGCAGACUGGCGCCUCCACGCCGUGCGACGGGAAGGCGAAGGUCGGCGGCAACGCUCAGGCUCUGUUCGGGGAGCUGGAGCACUACGACCUGGACAUGGACGAGAUUCUGGACGUGCCGUACAUCAAGUCCAGCCAGCAGAUGUCCACGCUGCCGCGGGUCCCCCACGACAGGCGGUCCGCGGCGGGGGGCGGCGCCGGCGGGGGAACCCUGGAGAGGAACCGAGGAGGAGGAGGGAUGAAGAGCUCCACUCUGACCCACAACGAGCCUCUGAGCCUGGGCAGCAGCAGCAGCCAGACCCCGUUCUGCGUUCUGUCUCCGGUGAAGUGGUCGGACCUCAGGAAGUCCAAGUCCAUGGACCCGGACCUCCACCACCUGCACCGCUCCCCGGGAGGAGCCGGCGGCGGCGGCUACCAGGCGGAGCUGCCGCCGCCCGGCCUCCUCAGCUCCUCCUCUCUCUCCUCCUUCUCUGACGCAGACAAGCUGCUGUCGGCGCGCGUCUUCCCGGACCCCCACAGCCAGCGGUCGGGGGCGGAGCCUCCGGGGGGGCUGGCGUUCCCCCUGGCAGGGUGCAUUGUGGGUAAACCGGACGCCUCCAAACCCUGGACUCCUGGAGGAGGAGGAGCGAGGGGAGAGCUGGACGAGGAGACGAAGAAGAACCAGAACAUCAUCAACAUCGUCAGGGAGGGGCAGAUCUCCCUGCUGCCUCACCUGGCGGCCGACAACCUGGAGCUGAUCAGAGACGAGGACGGGAACAACCUGCUGCACGCCGCCGCCUCCCAGGGCCACGCCGACUGCCUGCAGCACCUCACCUCCCUGAUGGGCGAGGACGGCCUCAACGAGCGCAACAGCCUGCAGCUCACCCCCGCCGGCCUGGGGGUAAAGAACGGCCAUCUGGAGUGUGUGAGGUGGAUGGUGAGUGAGACGGAGGCCAUCGCCGAGCUGAGCUGCACCAGAGAGCAUCCCAGUCUGAUCCACUAUGCUGCUCGAUACGGACAGGAGAAGGUUCUGCUGUGGCUGCUGCAGUUCAUGCAGGAACAGGCCAUCUCCCUGGACGAAGUGGACCAGAACGGAAACACGGCCGUCCACGUGGCGGCGCAGUACGGACACCUCACCUGUAUCCAGACUCUGGUGGAGUACGGAUCCAACGUGACGAUCCAGAACCAGCAGGGGGAGCGGCCGUCGCAGAGCGCCGAGCGGCAGGGACACACCACCUGCGCCCGCUACCUGGUGGUGGUGGAGACCUGCAUGUCGCUGGCCUCGCAGGUCGUCAAGCUCACCAAGCAGCUCAACGAACAAACAGCAGAGAGGAUCAACCUGCAGAAACACCUGCAGAGGCUGAUGGACCCCAGCAAGGCUGAGGGGACGCCGAGCAGGUCACCUAGUUCCCAUCAGCCCCUGGUGGAGGCGUGUCCUGAGCUGCUGCUGACGGCCGAGGCGGCGCCUGGCGACGGACACUGGCUGGUCCGGCAGGGGGGCGUGGCUCCGGACUCGGUGCUGCGGCAGCUUCUGGGGAAAGAUGGCGACGGCGUCAGAGAGAGGCUGCAGCCGGGGGCCGGCCUGGGUAGAGAGGGCCCCGGCGCCGGGGCCCCCGGGGGCCACAGGACCGGCCUGCUGGAGAGGAGGGAGCUGAAACUGGCCAGACUCAAACAGAUCAUGCAGCGCUCUCUGAGCGAGUCCGACUCCGAGGGCUACCCGCCGGAGGAGGGGCGGAACCAGGCCGCGCUGCGACCCGAUAGGCCGACCCACCUGCCAAUCACAGAGGAGGAGCCGGCGUCCAACCACCUCCAUCAGGUAAUGAGGAAGCACCUGCCCUCCUCCUCCUCGACUGAGAGGAAGCUGGCCUUUUCUCUCAGCGGGUCAAAGUCUGUGGACAGCAUCGGCUACACGCCGUCGCCCACGUCCAGUGACCCGGACGCCACGGAAACCAGAACCCCGGAAACCCCCGCCGCCGACGGCCAGAAGGUCGCCACCAGCCCCAAGAGCGCCCUGAAGUCGCCGUCGUCCCGCAGGAAGACCUCCCAGAACCUGAAGCUCCGGGUCACCUUCGACGAGCAGGUCCACAAGAGCUCGUCCAAUCAGGAGCCAGAACCCAGCCGGGCGCCGCCGGGCAAGGACAGGACUGCAGCCGCCAGCUCAGAGGGCAAGAGGUCGUUUGGGACGUUCCGCUCCAUCAUGGAGACGCUGAGCGGGAACUCCAACCACAGCAACAACAACAGCAGUAGCGGCGGUCCGGUUAAACCGUCAGCCUAUCAGAACUCACCUGGCAGGAAGUCCGUCGGGGGCGGAGCCAAGGGCAAGAGCCGAGUCAGCAACGUCUGACCGGCCUGAAGCAGACGAGGCACAGAACAUGAGAACCAAUCAGAUCGUAAAUAUGUAGUUUUUCAUGGAAACUGAUCAGCUUCAUAGUUUCAACAAAAUUAAAAGAAAAAUAAUUAAUUUGAGAACAAAAUGAUUGGAGGUCAUAAUAAACGGAUCAUUUUCCAGUUAAAUCAUCCGACUUUAAAGGGAUCCAUGACUAAUCAGUCAGAUCCAACACUGAUGGAGCUAACACCCUUAGCUAAAUCUGACAACGUUAGCUAGCACCAUGAACUGGAGCUAAUACUAUUAGCUGGAGCUAAAACCGUUAGCUGGAGCUAAUACCGUUAGCUGGAGCUAAUACCGUUAGCUGGAGCUAAUACCGUUAGCUGGAGCUAAUACCGUUAGCUGGAGCCAAAGUGAAAUCGGAACAAAUUGCAAUGAAUGGUUAAUGAAUGGAUGUUUAAAGUGACAAUCAUCUCUAUUAGAACAAACUGUUGUAAUUGAUCAAAGAAAAUGUUUCGAUCCGUCGCUAACCGUAAACAGCCUGACUCAGGAACUUGUUCUCUCUGAUUAGCAUUUCCAAGCAGCAUCACAAACAGCAGCUUUCUUGGUGACAUGUUCUUGAGUUCUUCAUUUAUGAAGCAGUUAAUCCUGACGGGUCGGAUCCUUGACCCAAUCCUCCAGAAACAGUUCUAGAUUUGGCCAAAGAAUUUCAUUUCUGAUCCGUCUGUCCAGACCGAACUGUCAGAUUUUUGUUUUCAGCUCUGAGUGAAAGAACCCAGUCGGUUCUGAACUGGUUCUGAACAUCUCAGGUUGUCAGAGGUCUAAAUUCAGAGCUGAUGAUCAGACUUCUGGUUCUGGAUGACCAGAGGAUCGAGAUUUUUAGUCUGGAUUUGGACCCCAAACCUUUCAGUGCCUUUUAAACCAACAGGACUUCCAGGUGGCUGCUGAUCCGGUUUCCUGGUGCUGGUCGGGAUUCUGGAUGAGGUGCUGUGUCUGUUUACUUCUCUUUUUCUAUAGUGUUUUUAUUAUGAGCUUAAAUCAGUUUCUUCAUGAAACAAAUCGUUGUGGAGAUCUGUAAUGAAAUCCUUUACAGCUGAUUUACUGGUUGUUAAAUUUCACAUCCCUGAUUCUGACUCUCUGGGUUUCGGUCUCAUCCGGUCUGCUGGUUCCCUUCUGCCUUUAAAAGUAAAAAAAAAAUGGUAACUUUUCAUAAUCUCCAUUUAGACAUUUUUAGUUUAAAUAUGUUUGGAUUUUCAAGUAAUUUCCAAUUAUUUUAUCAUAUAAAUGAAGAAUUUGGGUGAAUAGUAAAUUCUGUUUCCUUUUUUAUAAGUUUGAUUUAAAACUACAUGACCCACAAUGCAUCACAGUACAGAAGGAAUAUAAGCCAAACAUCCAACCGUUACCACAAAACAAUAAAAAAUUAACUUCAAAUGUUGGCAAAUAUCAACAAACUGAACUGUUUUUAUGUUUGAAAUAUUGUAAUAUUAUAAGCUACAACAGAUCAUGGAUCGACAGUUAUAUUUAAUUAACUUCAAAAGAGAGAAUUUUUAAAAGUGAUUUUAAUAACUAAAGUUAUUUUUGAUCAUAUAUGUAGAUUUAAUGAAACUGGCAGUAAACCUGGUCUAAGAUCGAACAUAAAUCUGUGAGUCAUCGACAUACAGGAGGAAAUGUUCAAUAAAAGUGACCCGAGGACGGAGCCUUGAGGAACCCCACAUUUAAUUUACCUAAA